AUGGAGAGGGCAGGAGGGACGCCCGUGGAUAAUCACGCUAUCCAAGUCGAUAUUUCUCCAAGGAGUAAGCCCGCGUCAAUCUUCCACAAGUACGGAGGAGUGUCCGAUGCGUACGAAAACACCAUGUUCGAGAACGACUUGGUCAUGAUUUUCCCAUUGCGCGAAGGCGGCGAGAUCAAGAAACCCGACGCUUUCACGGCACAGGCCUUCGUCGACUUGCUGCUGGGUAAGGACACUAAGCACAGUCGCCACCCGUUCCAACGCGUACUGCGCACCCCACGCUGUUUCCUAGACGAGCAAGGGAAUGACAUGGUCGUCAAUCCGCGGAGAAGUGGCGCUGGGGAUACGAGCCUUGAGGUCGAGCGCCAACUGCUCGAAGCCGAGUACGAGAAGUUUGUAGGCUCCACCGAGCCCACAACGGAACGCCGUUUCUGCGAGUUGGUAGCCACUGCCAUUUCACGCCGGGUUCAACUAGCGUGUGGUCUCACGACUCGAAUGUUCCUCAGUUGCGAUGGCGACGAAAUCAUUAUGUCAGUGAAGUCUGAGAACGACGACCUCCGCGUGGAAGCCGACCGCACGAAUUACCGCCUGCAACUGAGCAACAAACCGUUCGACGACAUGCUCCACCGAGACAAAAUCCACGACCUGAAACGUGAGAUCGGAGCUGACGGCUGGCAAAAGUCCUUGGACCAUCUUCGCUCGAAGCGCGGCACUGCAAAUGAUACCUCGGACAUUCCCGAGAUGGAUCCUCUGCUUGUCUCGCGUGGCGACGAGCUCCACCCCUUAACCUGCAAUGCGCUUCGCCGUUGGGGACACCGGGAAGAAGCGGACGGCAUGUUCUCGUUCGACGACAACCAUAGUCAGACUGCGUGGAACCGUUUCUGGUCGUCAAUCUUCUCGAUACACCACGACCCCAUGACGUACUUCGCUCCAUUUGCCGACUACCGUCACGAAGCCGAGUUCCAGCCCUACUUCCGCCGCUACCCGUUGAACUGGGGUGGCAAGAAGGAGCAGACCCUGUUCACCCAGAAGGAUCGCAUUCGUCUCGCUUCAGGCAUCGUGGAUCGCCACAUCAACCUGGACGCGCUGCAGGACGCGAAGUUCCUCAAGAGCCCAAUGUUCGCACUCCAUGACGAAGCUGCGCUGCUCGAACUGCGUGAUUCGUGGGCCCAAAACGUUUGGAUGCUGUAUCAGCCAAUCCACAAAAUCCGCUACUACUUUGGGGAGAAAAUCGCGCUCUACUUCGCAUGGCUCGAGUUCUACACCAAGAUGCUCAUCUUCCCGGCGAUUGCGGGUAUCGUCACGAUCAUCUACGUCGAGGAGCGAGACGAGAAGAAAAACAACAACAACCGAGGUUAUUUCCUGGUGGCCUUUGCAAUCUUCGUGGUGAUCUGGUCGUCGACUUUCUCCGAGUUCUGGAAGCGAAAGAACGGGUUACUAGGUGCGCUGUGGGGCUGCCACGGCUUCAACGAAGUCUUCCGCUACCGGCCACAGUUCCGGGGAACCAGAAGCCAUCACCCCGUCACCGACGCGGAAGAGUUGACUUACGAAAGUCGAGCCAAACGCCACCGCUGGUUCGUCGUGUCCGCUGCAGUCGUGACUGUGAUGGUCGGAAUCGUCAUCAUCGCGCUUGUCGGCUUGUUUGUGCUGAAGCACUACAUCAAUGACGGCAACAACCUGCGGAACGUCGACAUCAAGUACCGGACUCCACUGACGAUAGCUGUGACCAUCGCCAACGCCAUCCAGAUCAUCCUUCUCAACAUGGCCUACAGGCUUGUGGCAGGCAUGCUAAACGACUUCGAGAACCACCGCACCGACGCCGAGUAUGAAAACUACCUGGCGAUCAAGGUGUUUUUGUUCCAGUUCUGCAACUCGUAUGCUUCCUUCUUCUACAUCGCGUUUAUAAAGCGCGAGGCCGAAGGCUCUUGCUUGUACAGUGACGACUGCAUGCAGGAGUUGCGGGACCAGCUUCUGAUCCUGUUUCUGGUACGCAUUGUGGUGGGCAACACGACCGAGGUGCUGAUCCCCUUGGCGAAGAAGCAGUUCCAGAUUUACUUUGAAGACAGAUCUAAGGGUGACCUGAAGAAGCUCGAACGCAACUUGAUCGAAACCCAAGCGAAACUGGCGCCAUACGGAAGCAGCGAGGCUUUCGAGGACUACAACGAGCUGGCGAUCCAAUUCGGCUUCCACAACUUGUUCGUGGUGGCAUUCCCACUGACACCUCUGCUCGCGCUGGUGAAUAAUAUCAUUGAGGUGCACGUGGACGCUUCCAAGCUCUGCUUCGGCUGCCGUCGUCCGUUCCCGCAUCCAGCGAAGAGCAUUGGCGUCUGGUUCUAUAUUUUCCGCUUCAUGACUUACAUGACCGUAGGAACGAACGCGGCGCUGAUCUUGUGGACGUCGGACUUGUUCGAAAACUACAGCGGCACGGUGAAGGCUUUCAGUCUGGUCGUCGUUUGGCAAGUGGGUAUCGCUAUCUCGCUCUUCAUCGAGCGGACGGUGCCCGAUUUGCCGCACCACUUGGGGGCCCUUCUGGAACGCUAUGACCACAUUGUAAACGUUGUGUUCAAGAACCUGUCGGAGGGCGAUACUUCGCACCUCAACGAAGUCUCGGAGAACCUCGACUUGACCAUUUACCCGAAUGACCAGUGGGAAGACCAGAGUGGCAACGUGAAAGCAGUGGUUGGGGUGCGCGACCAGGAGGACGAGGUGAGAGCUCCGAACCACACACUGGAGACGGUGGCGGAGUCGAUCCGAAACAUUGAGGAAUCGACGUCUUAA